AUGCAACGACUUUCCUCCUCCGCCCUCAUGAGGAAUUCCUUCACCAACGGGCAAGGCAAUGGCUUUCAAAAUGCGCCAGAAUCCACAGCGUCUUACUUUGGCGGCUCCACACAUACAAGGAUCAGAUCCUCGAACUUCUCAAACUUACGUGGCAAAGGAAGUAGCGCCGAAAAGACCACAGUUGUCAGAGACACUGCCAUGGCAUUGAAGCGCAAAAGCGCUUCGGCGUUGGGGGCGGGAAUCUCAGACACUGCAGACAGCAUUGGCUUCGUCAAUUUGGUCGAAUGGAUUCGCACCGAACGACUCCAGACAUUGCCACACAAAGGCUCCAAGUGGGACACUGUCCUCAUUCGAGCACUCUAUUUCGCAGAGCGCCUGCACGGGUUUGAGACAGCACUAACAAAUCACGCUCUGGACGUCGAACCUGCUUCUCAACUUGGUUAUGGUCACGUCAGGCUCUUACUUGAGCUCGGUCAUGAGAACUCCGACGCACUUGAUAAGGCCUUCGGCCUACUCUACAGGUGCUCUACAGCUGUGACUGGUCUUCUCGCACGAGCUGAAGCUCUUUCGCUGCCUUCAGACAUCAACGAACAGUUUUGCUACCUGUACACUGACUUGUUGACACUGGUUGUCGAUGUUGCUGUGCGCUUCUACAAGACCGUCCACAGCAGCGCUAAUCAAUCUGCAAGCCUCGAUUUGUACGAGGCUUUCGCCGAUACCAUUGACUCGUUCAAACGUCGGCGUGAAACCGUCACGAAUUCCAUCUGGACAAACCAGAUUGCAUCAAGUGGUAGCGCUGAGCUUGAAGCUUUUGAUGUUGAGGAGCUCGCACGAUGGCUUUCUCCCCAAGAUCGGGUUCUUACAACUCUAGCGCUCGACUAUACCCUGAUUGCCGAUGACAUGGCCGAGUUCACCUGUAUCUGGUUUCACGAUAAUCUUGCCAGGUUUUGCAAGAGCGAAGAUAAGACAAUUUUGAUCAACGGGGCCCCAGGCUCCGGUAAGACAACCUUGGCCGCUGCGCUGGCUGAACGGCUCCAGCGACCCGUCGCCCGUAAGUCAUACGCGACAGCCUUCUGCUCCGCUGGCGCCGUUCCGUCUCAGGCCACUACGCUCCACGUAGUCAAGUCCCUGUUGCACCAGUUACUCUCCACUCGAGUGGGCAACCUCCACUUGUGGAAGGCCGUCACAAACGCUUACGAACAUUCAAAACACACUGCGGAUCCUAGCAAAUAUGAAGACCUCCUCUGGGCCGCACUGGAAGAUACACUUAGAAAUCCACAUGCACAGGGAAGCGACACUGUCCUCAUUGUCGAGGGUCUUGAUGAGUUGGUCGAAGGCCAGUCUGGUCAAACUCUUCUGCAGCGUCUCAUCCACGCUGUUGACCAAGGCAAAGGCGUUAAGCUCAUUGGCUUGGCCAACAAUCUCUCACUACCGGCAGGCAGUAAGGGUGUGACUCAGACGAUCACCGCCGCCGAGACAAGGGAGGACAUCCACGAGGUAGCGAUCAAGACUCUCGCGAAGUCUCAUCAUUUCCGUACCCAGACUGGCCGGGAGCAGGAAACAAUCAUCAGCAAGAUCAUCGAGGCCGCCAAAGGUUCCUUCUUGUGGGCAACUCUGACAUGCGAGACCUUGCGCAUGGAGAAAACGCCUGAUGGUUUCAACAAGACCAUUACCAACUUGAACAGCUCCAAGACCACAAUUGAGGAGCUUGUUCAGAAGAUUGUUACCAGCCUCGAGCCCAACGAGGAUGCCAAAAUGUUGCUCUCCUGGUUGGUGAACAUUGCGCGUCCUCUAACAUACGACGAGAUUGAGAACUUGUUUGUGAUGAACGUCCAGACCGUCACGAGAGCUGAGCGCCGUGUAAACGUCCACAGCAUCGUCCAGUCCAUCUCUCCGCUUCUCAUCAUCCAGGAGGGUAUCGUCCGUAUACGCCAUAAUCUUGUUCAGACGGCCACCCGUACGUUGCUGAAGCAGAACAAAGUGACGCUCUCCAUCAAAGACCAGCCAAUGGACUUGCUUCUUCGCCUUUUGACCUACGCCAAGGUAUCUUUGCCAGAGAAAGGCGAGCCAACGUUGGACGACUCCGACCGCACCCCUAUCGACCAGUACUUCUCCAAGUUGCCAUUGCUUGAGUACGUCGUGCGCUACUAUACCUGGCACCUGCAGCAGAUCUUCCCCGCCGCCCAAGGCAAGCCUUCUGAUGUCAAGGUUACCCCGGAACUGCAAAAAGUUUUCCCGGAUAGCGUUGAUCUUGCAGUUCUGGAGUGGCUUUGCUGGGACGACCAAUUCCCUGGCUCGCAAGAAGUUGCACUUCACGACUUCGUUGGCGGACUACGUGCCAAGAUAUUGGGCGAGCAACAGCCUGCCGUGCUUCAGUCUUACCUCAACUCCGCGGCCUACUAUUAUUUCAUGGAAGAUGUUCCAAAGGCUAGCUCGCUUUACUACUCUGUGACCACCAUCGGUCAGAAUGUGCUUGGUGUGUCCCACCCCAUUGUGGUAGAGAGCGCGAUCCGUUUCCUCGCGAUCUCAGAGAACAGUGUGACCACCACUCGCUCUGAGAUCAUGACCCACCGGGAGGCUAUCCUCAAGACUUUGAUCAACGCGUAUGAAAGGCAGUAUGGCACAACCUCUGAGCUGGUGAGCCAUACCCGUGAGCGUCUGGUCGAUCUCUACGGCUACCUCAAUGAGCGUGAUCACGCCGAGGAGAUUCUGCGCCUCAUUCAGGGCGGUAACAACGACGAAAACAUUACACGCAAGCUGGAACGCAACGCUGCGGAUGGAACUCUUCGCGUCACCCUAGGUCAAAGGAAGACUGGAGACCUUGAAACUUACAAAGAUGGCAUCUUCACAGAUGACGCUGAUGAGGAAGACGCCAUGCAGACCCUGGACCUUGCUCAAGUCGAGAUCAUCAGGCGCGAGAUCGAUACAUAUAUCGCGCAGAAGGACCUGAUCAAGGCUGAGCAGACCUAUGUCGAUCUUUGGCAGCGUCUUUCCGAGAGAUGCCGUACCACACUGAAUGUUGAAUGGCAUCAACAGAAGAUCGAGGUCGUCCAAGCUUAUUCCAAGUUCCUCGAGACUCAGUCACGCCGAACUGAGGCGACGAGCGUGUUGGUGUCUAUCGCCACAGAAUACCGCCAUCACGAAUUGGCCUUCGCCGAGGGCAUUGUGACGAGGCUCGCCGACUGCGCACGCUUCCUCAAGAGCGUUGGAGAGUACACAGCUGCAUUGGCCAUAUUCAAUCAUGCUGCAUCUUACUACAGGAAUGUCAAGUCUGGAGACUCGAAGGCAUUCAGCCAAAUCGAGGAAGAGAUGAUGGUGGUCUCUAACCAGGCUCUGACCCAAAACUCGGCAAAGGGAACGAGCACAACAGCAACCACAGAGACAAGCCAUGACAUGUUCCGAAUGCUGGUAAAAUCGAAGACGUUUGAGGCCUCGACCAUGACUCUCGCGAAGCAACUGGUCAGCCAAUUCAUGGGGCAGAAGCAGUGGUCGCAAGCCAUCAGCAUUAUCGAGCAGACUUUGUCCAGAAGCUGGAGCUCGUUUCUGUCUAACACGGUCAACGAGGUGACUCUGGCUACUGAAUAUCAAAAGGAGUCGAUCGAGCUGGUCGAAAAACUAGCUCAAUGCUACAUCCAGGAACGUCAGUGGAUCAAGGCGGAAGAUGUCUACGUGAGAUUCUUCCGUGCCGCUCUGUCGUCUCCCAAGGAUCAGGCUCUGCUAGAAAAGGCCAAGACUCUUUUGAUCGACUUCUACACCACUCGUGGCCACCCACACAAGAUCAUCGCGGUCAAUCAAGAAUUACUGGCCGUUUACCGCCGCAUUCUGGGGCCCAACCAUGAGACUACCAUUGCAACCCUUUAUGAUCUGGCUUCCCGGUGCCGUACACACGCAAGAAGCCACCCUUACUGGAUUGAAUACUACCAAAACAUUCUCACAGUCCUCAACAAGGAUGCCACCACUUGUCACCCCCGCGCUUUCGACGCCGCUCUCAUCGUUGCCGAAUCAUACUGGGAAGAGAGGAGAUACAGCGACGCUGUAGGAACCUACUCCAUCCUGUGGCAAACAUUCAUCACAAAGAGCAAGGACUUCAGAGUGUUCAGCGAGGAAGUGUUCGCACGCAAGCUGUACGAUCGAUACUUCAGUUCGCUCGAGGAGACACAGGCCGCGUUCGAGGUUCUGCACGAGACGACAUCUCAAUAUCGGGCGACUGCCAAAUCUCUCUUUGGUGCCGACUCAGCCGUGUUCAUCGAAGCCACAAUUGCGCUCGCCAGGCUAUCUGCGCAGAGUGAGAAGCACUCCGAGCAAGCCCUUUCGCUCUAUGAGGAGGCUCUGUCUUCUUCGUCGAAAUCGAAGUCGGGGUCGAGCUCGAUUGACAUGGCUUCGAUGCGCCAGACCAUGACGUCCCUCUACAGACGUAGGAUCGUCCACGGUAAUGCCAAUGUCAGCUCCGAGACCAUCUCUCGUGCUGUAAGCAUGUAUCACGACCAUCUGGCCGAGUCCAAGAGCAAGCAUGGCUACUGUCACGAGUCCACGUUGACUAGUCUCCGUGAGCUGGUCCUGCUCUACAUUCGCCAGCAGAAGCAUGACCUUGCUCUCAACGAGUUGACCACCGCCGUGGUCGAGGUUGCCACCAAAGAGACUUCGUCGCAGAAGCAAUACGAGGCUGCUACUUCUCUGGUCCAGACAUACCAGGUUGCGGGAUUGACGCAGCAGUGCACUCAGCUCGUCGAAGAGUUGCACUACCAGCUCAUUGCUUGUCAGAAAUCGUCCAAGGCCACUUUCUCGGUUGUUGAAAGUGGUAAGUCGUCUCUGUUCUUCCUCGCGUCGAUGGAGUUCCACACCCGCAAAGACCUCACCAUUACCUUGUCCGAGGUCAUGGCUGCCGUUACUGCGGAAUACAUCUACUACGGCAACUUCCGACAGCUUGUGUCCACCAAGGCCAGUCUCGACAAGAUCUUGAUCGCGGCGGCACCAUUACGCCACCUGCUCCGUCGCUGGAAUCGCACUGGACUCAUUGGUACUGUCGAUCAUGAGGCCGUUCGAAUCUUCACCGAGCGUGAGGCAUCCAGUGUUCAGCUGUUGAGCAAAGACUCGCCGCGGCAAUUCAUUGUCGGAAUCCUCGACUACCUGGGCAACAGGAAGACCAUCGACUUUGUGCGCAUUGUCAUUAUUGCGUCUAACAAGACUCUUGGCCGUCUGAUUGCAAACAACCAGUUCAACGAGGCCCAUGACGUUGCAAAGAUGAGCUUCAUGUACGCUCAGCAUCGUAAGGGUUUUGCAGGACCAAAAGCCAUUGGAAGGGGCUUCGAGCUUGCCAGCUACCUCGACGGCCGUGGUGAGAACCGCUGUCCAGAUGAGAAGCUACGGAAGACUCUCCUGCAGCUUUCAAACAGCAUCAUCAAGGACAUUCUUCGCAUCUGUAAGGAACAGAACAUCAAUCUUGCUCAAAUCCAGCUGAAGGAGCUCAACGAACUCAUCGCUCUGCUUGGCGAGCAAGAGGACUAUGACACCUUGGAAAGCCUCCUCAACCAACUCUGGGGCACUCGCGAGGCCCAGCGCUCAUGGCCACCAGAGGUCUUACUCAACCUCGGCCAGCGUCUCAUCUGUGCCCGCUACUUGGCCGGUCACCAGAUCAAGGCUCUCCGCCUUGCCGACGACGUUUCGUACAAUUUGCGUCGCGUGAACGGUGUUCGUCACCCAGCGACCCUGGACUCGUACAAGCUGCUUGCGCAGCUCUACACCAGCACAGGCUUGGCUUAUCAAAAGGAGGCUGCUUCGGACAAGGCAGCUGGUGGUCUUGCCGCGGACCACUUCAAGAAAGCCAUCCUCGUUCACGAAGACGUACUGCGCUGGCUACUCAGCGACAGCGCCGAUGGCGCAUCCGUCGGAGAUGAUGAGGAAGAAGACACUGCUGUCAGUAUCCUCGCUGAGCAUGGCGUGGAUGUUACGAAGCAGGGCGGUGUCGACGCUAUCGAUGAUACCAAGCGUGGAGAGCUGGUAAAGCAGCAUUUGCACCUCCUUCGCUUGGCAUACCAGCGUCUUGGAUCGUGGCCAAAGAGCUUUGAUGCUUAUGAGAGACUGAACGCUGAACUGUUCCGCGUCUUUGCUGAACAACUGAAGGGCGUAGAGGGCGUGGAGAAGUGGAGUGCCAAGGGCUUUGGUGCUGGUAAGGCUGAGAGCCAUGAGGGCACUUUCCAGGGUACUCGCAAUUGGGAGAUCUUGGUGGUUUGA